UUUCACAUCUUCACUUUUUAUAUUGACUUUGACAAUGGCGAGUAGAAUUGCAGCUGCUGUCUUGGCCUUGUGCCUUAGUUUUACUGUCCUCUGCGGCGGUGCUUUCGCCGAGGGAGAUACGUUUGGUCGGCUCCUGGUUUCGAAAACCAUUCUCAAUGAGCAUAUCGUUGAGGGCAAGGACGUAACUGUACAUUAUGAAUUGUACAAUGUAGGAACUGGACCUUGCCUGGAUGUUGUUCUUGAGGACGAGUCAUUCCCGGCCGAGAUUUUCAGCGUUGUGCGUGGACUCCCCCGUGCGCGAUUUGACCGCAUCUCAGCAUCAUCCAAUGUAAGUCACACCGUCGUGUUCAACGUCAACUACGUUGGCUACUUCAACUUCACUGCUGCUCAAAUCUCCUAUAAGACUGAGGAGACUGCCGAGGCAAUGAUCACCUUCUCCAGUGCCCCAGGCAUCGCAGAAGUCAACGGUCUGGACAAGUACAACCGCCGCUAUUCUCCCCAUUUGGCUGACUGGCUCGGAUUUGCCCUGAUGGUCUUUCCCGUCGUUGGACUCCCAUUCUUCCUCUGGAGACGCAGCUUCAACAGAUAUUCAACCGCAGAGCCCACGAAGAAGAGAUCAUAAAAAAAUUGCUGAGAAUCCUUCGUUGUGUAUAAUAUUGUGUUGUUUGUUCAUGUGUCCACAUCUUGAUUGCCAUACUCCAGGCCCUCAAACCGGCAUCAUCGUACUGAGAUGUCCAUUUUAUUUAGGUUUGUAUCAUAAUAAUACCUUUUUUUCUCUUUUCGUUUGAAUGACAUCGCCAUGUAACUACGAAAAUACCAAUUGCCUGGAUGGCAUGCGUGAA